AUGGAGCUGUACCUCAGCUCUUGCUCCAAGGUCGCAGACACCGCAGCCCACAAGACGGCCACCAUGCUAGCUGCAGACAGCCAGCAGUGCGGAGACGGUGCGCACAAAACUCAUUUGCCAGGGAUCGGAGCUGCUCAGCUAUUGGAUCUCCCACUGGGGGUCAAGUUGCCUGUGAUCCCAGGAAGCAACACUGUAUUCUAUACGACGGGUUUAUGUGAAAAGCUUUUUCGACCUUCUUAUGAUUUUAACCUGACAGAUCCUUAUUGUCGACUUUUGGAAAACCAGUAUAAAAAUCUCCAUGAUCCACAUUUAAGGGAAUACUACAAACGAAAAGAUAUCCUGAGGAGGCUGAAGAAAGGUGGCUAUAUCACCAGCAAUAAUAAAAUUGUAUGUUCCUUGAAGGAAUGGAAUAAGUAUAGGCAAUAUCUUACCAGUUUAAAAUUAGACUUUGAAAGAAACUAUUCUAGAGAGCAAAAAAUGCUUACAAAACGACUAAAUAAACUGCAGGAAAAUUGUCACCUCUCUGAAUGCUGUCAUGCUGAACAGUUCCAAAACUGGCUGCUACAGGAAAGAGCCUAUUCUUUUAAGGACCACGAGCGAUUAAUAAGGCACAGAUACCUGGACAUGAUAAGGAAGGAGUUGGAACUACUGGAGCGCACAGCAGAGGAGCGACGCCUGCUCCAAAGGGACAAAGAAGAGAGAAGACAACGGGAGCACGCGAGACGCAAACUUAAUCUCCGGAGGAAAAUUGAAGAGGAAUGGAAGGAAAAAGAGAUGCUACUGCUGACGAAGAUUGGAGAAGACGCUAAAAGAGAAGCUAAAAUCGAGGAGCAAAGGCGGAGAAGCCGAGAAGAGAGUGACAGGAAGAAACAAGCCCUUCUAGAGAAAAAAAUGGCUCAUCAUUUACAGAAAAUUCAGGAGCUUGAACAUAGAAGAGAGGAUAUAGAAAAAAAUACAGUCGACAGAGGACAAGAUGGGACACAUUAUGAAGCUUCUUUCUCACACAAAAAGAAGAAUAAUGGUGAUGGAAAGUCAGUGUUUUCCGGACCUAAUGGAGCAAAUGGAUUUACAACAAAUAACGUUUCCCAUUGUCAACGAAGCUCAUUGAAUCUUUCCAAAAGAUCAGGAACUUCAGUCCUUUAUCACCCAGAUAUAGAGGAUAAUGGUACAGAACAAAAGAAAGAAAGAAAUGGUGAUUUGCCUGAACGGACAGCCAAGAAAUCAUGCUGCUUCUCUGAAUCAGGACCUCAGGCUCACACUACAUCCAAUGGCAUUUUCUCCUCUCGGGCCUCCUCAUAUACGCAACAGAACCUCCACCAUGAUUGCUUGCCCAGGAAAGUCACCUGUGAAGAACUGCAUAGCAUCAUUCAGAACGUAAUGACGUGGGUAGUGGCUACAGUGACAAGUAUAUUGUACCCAGCCAUCACAAAGUACGAAGAGAGGCUGCGCCAAAGCACGUGCCCCGUGUCUGAGGACUCGGUCCUCUCUUCCGAGAGCUCGAGCUUCUGCAGCACUUGCAGCGAGGGCUUUACGUAUGGAAGCUAUACAUCUGCCACCACGAAGACGUUCCAGACGGAACCCUACACAUUGUCAACGAACAUGUCAGGGAGGCCGCCCGAUGUGCCUUCUGCUCGCCUGGAAAGCACCUUUGUGGAAAAAACCUAUCACAGGAAAAGGCAGCCCGGGACCUCCGACUUUAAGUAUAGCAACUCCAGAAUGAUCUAUGGGUACCCUCGACUCAGAAGCUGCAAGUCUGAUAGUCACCUGUUGGCCUCGUCGGAAACAAGCACAAGGAUAUCUAAGGAUGCUACCACGGCGACAGACAGCUUCGAGAAUCCAUCCAUUUCUGAUCACAGAGCCAAAGCCAUACACGAGAUCAAGAAUUUAAAGAAUGUUUUCGUUAAUUUUAAAUGUCAUUUAAAAGGAGAAACGGAAUUGAUUUUAGAGAGCGUCUUGCAGGAACUCAUGGCUGACUUAACGCACGCCAUCCCUUCGCUUUCUUCUGUGACUGCUGAAGUCUUUGUUGACCGAGCUGAAGCUCGCAAUACAGACUUGCUCUCCAAUGUUGACAUCUGCUCUGUAGCUGGGGAGAUUGUGGACAACAUGCUUGAGAAGCUACAGUCUGCAGUCGAGAAAAAAUGUGGCGAAAUCUUUUCCGAAGAAGACCUGUCAGUACAUACUCACCCGGACUCAACCGGGGGAGAACAGUUCACAUCAUCGGAUGACAAACCUCUGGAAGCGCCCCCGCCGCGUUCCGUGGAGCCCAUGUGCAACGUUGCCGAGGAGAUGGUGCAUUCUAUUGUAGAAAAGCUCAUGGCCCUGGCCUCGUGCAGGCAAAAGGAACUCCCGCAUCUGGAGAACCAACGUAAGCAGUCCCCUCAGCCGCCGCUGACAGACUCACCAGCCAUGUUCCAUCAAAGAGUUGACCAAAAGAAACCUCACACUGAACCGGACGCCGCCAAGUUAAUGGUCAAAGAAGAAAUACAAAAUUUAGUGUCAAAGAUGUUUUCCAAGUCCUCUUUGGUUGGUUAUAUAGAGGAAGCAGUCAGUGCUAUAUUAGGUUAUGUACAAAACGAACUUAACAACGAGAGACUGGUUGCCUCUGAAGAAACAGUGCUACUCCUUCAGCUGCUCGAUAAUAUCUUCGCUGAGCUCCACCCACAGUCAGUCAAGCCAGGGGCUCAAAAGAAUAAACCGCGCAGAACACGCCAUCCUUCUAACACUGAUGAAAGGUACAGAUUCCUCGGAACCAGACCAACUAGCGGGCAGAGGUCUGGAAAGCCAUUUUCACCUAUCAAUGUUCCUGGCAUGGUUCUUUACCCUGAAGAUGAGAAUGAAGAAAUAGACAAAAUGGUGAAAAACGUCCUUGAGUCAUCUUUCCAAGAUGAAAGAGCAAACUUACAAAAACAGACUCCUGAUCGUUCCUUUAAAAACAGAAACACUUGCUUUGAAUACAGAACAAAAACUAAAGUCCCUAGAAAUCCCCCUUCCCAGGGCAACGAUGUAUUUGGUGAUUGCGGCUUAAAGCUCGAUUCCCCAUCUUUUAAGAAUGAGGAUAAUUUAUGGGGCAAAUCCUACUUGCAUAAAGACGUUUCGGUUUUCAGCCCAAAACAAACGCAUCAAAUACAAAAAACGUGUGAAAAACUUGUGAAAAGUAUUUUAACAGAAAUGCUCACCGACAUAUCUUCUUUUCCUCCUGGCCCGUUAGAUAGGAAAAUAGGCAAAGAAGCUUCAGUUUUUGCCACAAGAAAACCACCUGGGGUGUCACAUCAAGAAUGGAUGGACCAGAUGUUCUCUGUGUCAGAAAUCAGGACGAUGACUGAAGAAAUAACAGAGGCUGUGUUAAAUAUUCUUUAUACGGCUUCGAACUGCAUCACUAAGACCAUUGAAGAUUCCAUCUCAUCGUCAGUCCAUCAAACGUUUCGAGAUAAUUCUGACACCUCUCACACGGCCCCAAAUGCACCGACUAAAAAGCCAUUACAAAUAUGGUUUGACAGUGAAAAGAAAAUGAAAUGUUUAUCUUCAAGUCGUCAUGCAAAGCCUUCCUCGUUAGCAUCUGGGGAAAGGGAUUCUGAAUCUCUAGAUAGCAUUAACGAUAAAAUUGUCAGUACCGUUGUGAAGAAACUGAAGUCAUUUGUCUGUCCAAAAUUGCAAAUGGGCUUCAAAUCUUCCCCGACCAAGCCAUCUUCGUUGAGAUCUCAGCUCAGUGAUUACACAGCUAAAGUGGUAAACAUUGUUUUGCGUGCUAUACAAAAUGAACCGGAAUUCAGUAAGAAACAUCUAAAUCCCAGGGAGGUAGACACUUCCAAAUCCCUAACAGAUAAAGGAGUGUGUACUGGCAGUGAUAAGAAAUCGGAAUCUCUUGUCACAAGUCUUAGUGAUGACAUUAUGACAAGUCCCUUAUUAACGUGCAUUUGUGAUAUGUUAUCAAGUCAAAGCGAAGAUCAAAGUAAUAGUCUACUCCCUACAGAUAAGAAGCCAAGACCUGCUACUUCAUACAGACCUCACUGCUUUGAUAAACAAAAUAUGUUGCCAAGUAGGCAGGAUAAACGAUCUACUCACCAAUAUUUGGGCAUUUCAUGCACUCACCACAGUGAAAAUGACCUCAAAGAAAAUGCCAGGUUGCAAGUGUUGGACCGCAUCGGGGAAACCCUCUAUGAAAUGCUAUGCAAGCUUGUCGGAGCCCAUGCGCAUGCUCACCUCUCCUGCAAUAAGCAAAACAGAGAGAAGACGGACGAGACUCCGCAAACAACCAACGCGUUGCAGUCCGACAUUCAGCUGAUUUCCAAGACAAUUUUGGAAUCUAUCAUUGCAAAAUUAUGUGCUAUUGACACAGACAAUUUUGCAACCUCUGGAUUUAAAACUGUCUCAGGGUAUCUUGAUAUCGACAGCCUUUCAUUUUCUUCAAUUAUUGAGGAAAUGGCCAAGUGCACUGACAUUAUCUCCCAAUUUGUGUCCAAUAUGUUUCAGAAAAGUAACAAAGAGAUGCCUAAAAAUAGGGCAAAAACGGAUUCUGUUGCUUCCAAAGCAGGCCACAGAGUAGAAGAAAAUCCAAAACACCUGAAAGCUGUGGCUUCAGAUAUUCUCAAUAUGGUCUUUGAUAAAUUGGAAAGAUUUGCCAAUGGAAAUUUAGAGACUCUUGGAACUACUAAUGAUGGAAAUAAAAAAACCAGUAAGAUGGACUGGGGCUUUGAGGAUACCAGUGUUUCCACAGACAUAAAUGAAGAGCUACUGCAGUCUGCUUUAUACAUACACGCAAAGAACUUAUCAAAUGCACUUCUGACGGCUAUUCAAACAGAAUUAAAUGAGAGCUCCUUAGAUCUGGGGACAGAUGUAAAAAGGCCACCGCCUGAGAAGCACAUGCUAACAGAAACCAUUGAUUUGAUUUUAGACGCAGUAUCCUCAGACGUUUUUCAAAGUGAAAUUGGAUCUGAAGAAGAGAAAGGAAUCGAAACUUAUCGAUACAGGCCAACCUAUGGAAAUCAUCUCCCUGGAGGAGCUGAAUCAGAUGCAUUUCGAGAGGAUGCUGAAUGUAAGGAGGAUGAAGACCGGGAAGCAAGGCCACCCCCAGCGCAAGAGAGUGAAUCCGAUUCUCGUACGCAGCGGGCUCUAGAAAAAGCCUUGAACAAAAUAGAAGUGGAACUCAGAGAACCACAGACAUCUCCAAUUGUGCCUAUUAUAAAAAAUAUUUUGAAUGAAAUAUUUCACAAUGCUUUCAUCAAUCAAGUAUACAUGCUUCCUUUCCCCCAAUCUCAUUUAAGGAGCAUUCUGCACAAUGUUGACGAAAGAGUUCCUCAAACUUCCGGCCAACCCAGAGAUGAGAUGAUGGAUCCUUUGGUGUCGGAAGCAGACGUAACCAGUGUUACUGAUGACGUAAUCAGGACUGUGUUUCAUAAACUUUAUUCAGCUGCUGUAUCAGAGAGAAAUGCAAGUGAAAAGAGCUAUAGAACUAUCACCUUUUCAGCAAACGUCUCUUUCCACGAGCACACAAGUGGAGGAAAGUCUUCCGUUCCCAUGCUGGACGGAAAUCCAUGCGCUCUUCACCCAUGCACUGGGUUCAGCAUGGAUGGCGAUGCCAAAGUAAAUGUGAUUGAAGAGAUUGUACAGGCAGUAUUAACAAAUUUAGAAACUUUUGCUACUUCCAAAGUAAAAUCUCUUUUCUGUUCCCAACUUAGUUUUACCAUUCUACCUAUGCAGCAAGAUAAGGAUGCAUUCAGUCAAGUGUUUUCAACCAAGGAUCCCUGUUCUGAUGAGAGCUUUUUCUCUUCCUCGGUGGGUCAAAUUGGGACAGUAAAAACCCACACCGUGUGUCAACUACCUUUGUCUAAAUUAAAUAGUUAUGCAACAGAAGUGGCGCGGAAAAUAUUACAAGGACUCAAACAUGAAUUAGAUAAAGAAGUGGAAAGCCCUGUCUCGACACAUCAGAUCACCGUUUCUGAAAGUAUUGCAAGUCAAGUUGUUAAUACAGUGUUAGCUAUUGUAUCUUCGAAAGGGAGGUAUGAGAAAAUCCAUUCUAAGAAGGAAAUUGAUUCAGAUCAGCAAGAAAGUAUUAUGGAGAAGUUGUUCAAUAAGACUGAAUAUCGAAAAAUACUUAAAUUCCAACUGCAGGAUACUAUAGAAAACAUCUUAAGUGAUAUUUAUGAAAAAACACUGGAUCAAAACAAUCUCACCCUUGCCAUAGCUACUUUGAAAUGUAAUACUGAUGGUAAAUAUUCAGAAACAAAUUCUGAAAUGCUCACCGAGAGUUCAAGUAAAGCUAUUCCAAAACUUUCAGUUCCUAAAUCAGAUGUUAUUAUGAUAUCAAAUGAUAUUGUGGAUAUUGUCCUUAAUAAUCUCAAUAGUGCUGUUGUUAUGCUUGGCAUAAAUACAGAGUCUUCUGUUCCUGAAAGAUCAUCCCUGACUAUUUGCGAUAUGCCUCCAAAUGUGGAGUGUCAACAACGUGUCAUUACAGACACUGACCAGGAAAUAAAUACAGAAAAGUUUCGAUGUUCAGGAAAUGUGAAGUCGUCGUGUGCUGCUGAUAAGAAGAUAACUGUAGUUGCGAAAGAAGACAGCAGGAAACGUGCCCCUGACCCAUGUGCAGAAAACGCUAACAUCAUUACUAAAACUAUUUUCAAUAUGUUGGAAUCUUUUGCCACAGAUAGAAUAGACUCUUUAAUUAUUCUCGCUUUCCAGCCAAAAGAAAAGGUGGUCGUUAGCCCAGAACUGGAAAACUGUCAACUAGAUGACAGAGUCUUUGGUGAGUCCAGCCAGGUGGAAUCAGGUGGAACCAUUUUCAGCCAGCAGUUCACAGAUUCUACAUUUGCCAGUUACAGAAAAAACCUUAGGCCCACAAUUCAUUUGUCACAAGCUUGCCUUAAGGAAUAUGCUGACAUCAUUGCCUCUGUCAUUUUGAAGCUUAUUAAAAUAGAUGUAGAUCUAGAAAUCCAAAGGAUGUGUUCAUAUCCAAACAGGAUUUCAUUACAAGAAAACAUUAUUGUGAGUGAAGUUGUCAACAGUAUCUUAAAGAUUUUAUAUAGCAAAAGAUCAGCAAAGGAAAUUAGUUUUUAUCCCAAAAAGAACACUAAGUUGGUUUCACCACUAACUAUAUCAAAUGAAAUCCAGUCGGGAGAAAAAAAGGACACUAAUUCUGAAUUAUCUCUAUUUGCAACUUACCUAGUAGGAAAACAACAAAUAACAUCGGAAGAAGAAAACCAGAGAAUGAUUUUGGAAGAAAUAUUUAUGAGAAACGAAGAACCAAGAAAGAAAGAGAAAAUGGAAUUGAUCUGUACCGUAGAAGAAGUAUUAAAGAAGGUGUCUCAAAGAGUCAUGAAAGCCAAAGGCCGUUUGUCUCCAAACAAAGAAACCCUGGACCUUGAAUCGAAUUCUAAAGUUCAAACAUCAGACACGACUCAAAAAAACUCUUUCCAAUCAAGUAUUAACAGAGUAGCAACUGACAUAGUUGAAGACGUUUUGGAAGGAAUACACUCGGUAGUUGUGAAAUGCUUACAUGAAAGUCCUAAAUGGGCAGCACCAUCUGACAACCGUUAUGGAUUACCACUGAAACCAUCAUGCUUUGGGAGAACUAGACAAGCCGGCCAGGAAAGUGCUCUCCCUAGAUAUGCUAUACCACAGAUGGAUCCUCGUGAAAGCAGUCAAAAUGUCUCCUUUCUGGAAAAUACUUUUUGGCAAGGUCCUCCACUGCAAGUGGGAAAAGAUUUAUUCCAAAUGGUUCUCAAUAAAAUCAAAACGUUUGCUUCCCAGCAUCUAGAAGAUAUCAGUUACAAAGUUAGUCCUAAAGAUGGCCCUAAACCUGAUCUUAAAGCGAAUUUAAAAGCAAGAUCAAAAAUGACCUCGCUAUCUAAAUUUAGGAUGAAAUCACACCCAAGACCUAGUGGAGCUAAGGUCAAGAAUAAGACAAAGCUCUCUCCUGGAGACAGUACUCCAAGAUGCAGCCGAUCCAAAACUGUCAUUGGAUUGCCGCAUAGCCUGUCAAGUGGAGAUGCCAAAAACAUACUAGAAAUUAAAUUACCCACUUCAGAAUUAAAAGGCUACUCCCAAAACAUAACAUGUAGCAUUCUAGAAACAAUUGUGAAAGAAUUUGAAAAGUUUAAACAAGAUCAAGCAAUAGUAAAUACAAAAGCUUUGCCAUUGGACCAAAUCAUGGCAGCAAGUGGAAUAGUUAGUGCGGUUUUGCAAGGAUUACGUGCCACAAAGAACCAGCACUUGACUCGUCCAAUCAAAGCUUCACAUCUGGAUGAUCUCAAACUUUCCCGAGCGUGUUUAGGCGCAGACUUCCGUGGCAAACCACAGGCGUGCUUCUUCUUAGAGAACGUGUCUUCUCAGCUGGAACAGAUUUUCCCGAAAGAAGGUAUAUUUAAAAAAAUGUUUGAUAAAUGGCAGAUAGAAUCAAACGACCCCGAUAAUGAAACAUUUCAGCUAUUGAUGGUAGCUGAGACCAUUUUAACUGAAAUUUCGAUAAAAGCAAAAGAAUUAGAGUAUUCUGUUUCACUUUUAAAUUUGCCACCUCUUGAGACCAGCGAAAGCAGGUUCAAUGGCAAUUCUCAAGAAGCUUCUAAGAGAACUGCAGACUUCAGAGCACAAAUUAAGAUGUUUGCAAGGGAAAUUGUGGAAAUGCUGUUUGAAAAAUUACAAAUGUGCUUCUUGACCCAGAUGUCCAUUUCAGAGAGUAAAGACACUCCAGCAAGCGGGAAAGAGCAAAUCAGUGCUAAGACAAAGCACAGUUCUCCAACCAAACACCUACUUGGCAAUGUAUCAAUCGAAAACAUCAUGUCUAAAGACCGAAAUUCUUUGGACUAUAGCCAUCGAAUUGUUCGAGAGAUUGCUGAAAGGGUUUUAAACAUGUUAGAGUCAUUUGUGGACUUGCAAUUUAAACAUAUCUCUAAAUAUGAAUUUUCUGAAAUAGUGAAAAUGCCUAUAGAAAGCUUUUUUCCUGUCCAACAGAGACUAUUAAGCAAAAAGAUGUGGCCAAAAUUACAACCAGUGGGAAAAUUUUCUGAUGAACCUAGGUCAAGUGCUAUUAUUUCACAGGAAAAUGUAGAGAAUAUUUUUCUACAGGUUCAUAGAUUCCACUCAGAGUUACUUACAUAUGCUACUAAUAUUAUCAGUGACAUGCUUGGUAUAAUUAAGGACAAGCUAGACAAAGAAAUAAGCCAAGAGGAACCAGCUUCGGAUAGUUUACUGAAAGAGAACAUUAUAGCCAGUGAAAUCAUUGGCACGCUGAUAGACCAAUGUUCAAAUUUCAAUCGGUCUUUGAUAGAAAAUCUUCCAAAAGAAAAUAUGUUCCAAGGGGUUGAUAAUGUCUACAUUGUUAAUCAGGUUGAAUUGUCAAGAAAUAUGAAAAUGUCCACAUCAGAUUUAAAGGAAACUAGUUUCAGGAAUAACCCUCCACAGGUCAGUGCACCUUGCGUGGAGUCUUAUUCAGAGGAUGAUAAGAAGAAAAAGUAUAGGCCUUCAUCGAAUCAACCCACAUAUGUCAGAUUUGUUGGAAACACAAUUCAAAGCUCAGAGUUAGUGGAACAGUUUGAUUCAAAUACAACAUUAUCAUUCUCUAGAAACACAGAACAAAGUCACAGCUACGUCUAUUAUGAUCAAGUCAUGAGAGGAAAUAACACUGUCCCCGAAGACAGUGUCUUAAAUAAACUGUUUAAGAAAGCAAAUGAAUCUACAGAAACAGCAUUAAAGCAAGCCAUGUCUUUCAUAGAAAAAGAGAAAAGAGGAAGUCCAGGAGCAUUUCAUUAUAAAAACCUACAACCAGUUGAGGAGUCAACACAAAUUGAGAGAAGUGUUUCUCCACUCAAAAUAUGCUUAGCUGCAGAAAACAUCGUCAAUACUGUCCUGUCAAGUUUUGGCUUUCCAAGUCAACCACACACUCAACCACACACUGAUGAAAGCAUGGAAACAAUGAAACCAUUUUUCAUGUCUCAUCAAAGCCCUCUGUCUGGAAUACCUGAGGAAGAAGCAACUGAGGAGGAAAAUUUGCUUAGAACGUGGGAUAAAAAUAUUAGCUGCAUGGUAGACGAGGACUACGAAAACCCUGAAGCCAGCAGAGAUUUCCCUUUAUUGCAAAAAUGGAAACAAAAUUCCGUGAAGAUAAAGAGAAUAAGAUCUCUGGAAGACCUUGAAGUCAUUGCUUUUGCUGAUCAUGAACUUGGUCCAAAUGAAAUUUAUUUGAUAGCAAGACACGUCACCAGAUCUGUGAUCACGCAUUUCAAGAAUGUUGAAACUAGAGUUUCCAGUGAAGAAAUGAUCUCUAUUGUUUCUACAUCAUCAAGGAAAAAAUAUGAAUCAAAACAGUCUCUAAGAAACAUACACAAUAAUUCUUCACUUGGUCAAUUUUGUGAACAUCUUACAGAGCUGGUCAUUUUACAAACGAUUUCAAGAGUUUUUGAAGAUCUCGAAGAGGAUACAGAAGGUGUCAUAGCAUGGGAAAGCCAAGUUGCAAUUAACACGAUUAUUUCGAUUCAUUCCCAUGUGUUCGAAAGCAGGUCGAUUCCUAUUACAGAACUUGCUUUAAGCAUUACUGAAAUCAUUAUUCAAAUUCUAUCUGAUAGUAAUAUUAUCAUGGCUGAAAUUACACAGCAAAUGACUUCUAGACAAACAAAAUAUAUGUAUUGCCCAGGAGUUACCGCUACGGAGAUUGACGAUCUCUUUCAGGAUCUCUUAAUAGGAGUGAUUCAUAUAUUGUCCAAAGAGAUAGGAAUAAAUGGUUGCCCUCAAAGCACUGGAAGAAACAAUUCGUUUUCAAUGUCUAGGAGUCAAAAUACGGCCACUUGCAACAAAACCAAUCCCACAAAAAGAGAGGCUGAGCCCACCGACUCAAAGUUACCGGAUCAAAUUGAUCAAUUAAUUCAAAAAAACAAUAUAAAUGAUCUGGCAUGUAAGUUAGACAGUCUGGUUGGUAGCCUAAAAACUCAUGAAUCCAAAGACGUAGUUAGGAAAGUGUUUAAUAUUCUUUUGGAUACGUUUUUGCCUGAAGAAUGCCCAGAUGUGUCUGUGGAUUUGGGUAAAAUAGCCAGGACACGUUUCCCAUCCUCAAACAAUGAGGAUGAUAACAGCACACAUGGAAAUAACCUAGGGCUCUCACCAAAGUCAGUUUUUCUUCUUAAUGUCAUAUGCGAAAAACUUAUUAGAACACUUUUGGAAAAAUACACAAGCACUAGCUGCCUUGAUAAAAGUGGCCCUUGUCCUGAUGAAGCAGAAAAAUGUCAACUCUUUAAAAUGUUUGAAAGUGUAGAAGGUGACGAAGUUGAUUGCCAGGGGGCUUCGAACCGUCAACAAUUUCACGAAGAUUACAUGUCAGACUUUUUGGAAAAUUUGGCAGAAAUAGACCAAGAUUCUCUGUCAUCAGACUCUAUGCUUACUGUUCUUUCCCACAGCUUGGUAAAAUCACUGAUGGAUAAACUAUCUCAUGAUAGUCAACAUACCUCUGAAAGUUCACCUUCUGCAAACAUGCACCAAAAGUAUGGAACAAGAAUAGAACAGUCUAGUUUCACAAAAACCCGAAAUCCAAAAUUCACAGAAUUACAAGAUCGUGACUCAAUAGGAUUCGUGAGUUUUGACAAAAAAACUUUGAGAAAACCCCUGAAUAAUUCCAAUAAGGUUACACCUAAAAUACAAGCACCAUCUGGCAAACAAUAUCCAGUAAGAGCUCCUGCAUCUGCUUUAAUGAGACAGGGAGGGGGAAAAGUAACUACCACGGCCAUCGAUAAUGGAAGCAAAAAUAUGAAGGUUUAUUCAGCCACAUUCUUGGAGGAAAUAAUUUCACAACUGUUUUUUAAUCUCUCCACCUCAUUGUUGGGAACAAAUGAAAACAUUACUGAGGCCGCCCUCAAUGAAAUGAAUACUUUCUUUGUCAAAUCUGUGGUGAAUGAGUUUAACAAUUCACAGGUCACUCUUUUACGGAAUGCUGAAGAACGGCUGUGUUUUCCACCAACUGAUAAUGAUACUGUUGGUAAGAUUGUUGGCACAAUUUAUAAUGACAUUGUACAGCGCUAUAAAUUGAAAGUGACCUGUGCUGGAAUUCUGCCAUAUGAUGAUACUUCAAUAGCAGAACAAAUAACUAGUGGCAUAUUGCUAGAAAUUUUAGACUACCAACUUCCACCUUACCUUAAAGGGAAUUUGAAGUUAAAUGCGUUUUACCCUCUGAAAGCUGACAUCAUUCUGCAAAAACUUCAGGGUCGCCUGAAAGAAUUUACUUCCCAGCCUCGGUUUGCGACAGGCUGCAGCACCCUCCUUCCGCACUCCCUGUUAGAAGACGUUAUCAGGAAGCUCCUAUUGCAGCUUGUUCCUCCAGCCAGUGAGUCUUUCUCUUUGGGAAAGACCGACUUCAUGAGUCCAGAUUUCCACAAAAUGUCCAACUGCAUAAUAAAUAAGGUUCUGUCAGCCAUAUCCAAACACAAAAUUUGGCUAACUAUAUGUGAUAAUCUCUGUCCGCAUACCAGAAAAAAUCUUCAGCAGAUGGUGGAUUCAGUUUAUAGUAAUGUUUUGCAAAGGUCCGACUCUCUUGUUUCAAUACAGAAAAGUAUAAUAAGCCAAAGCCCAGUUAUAGCUGACAGGAUAGCCAGUUGUAUUAUCCAGGAAAUUAUUGAAAGUCAUCUUCAACCCUUUUUGAGUGAAGAGAGUUUGCCACGCCCUCCGACUCCAUUGGAUGAAAUAUCUACGAUGGUUCAAAAUGUUCUCCUUGAUGUCACAUAUGCACAGGGAUCCCCAAAGCCAUCUCCCGUUGGUGACUACCCUGAUGCAUUCGUCGAAGAAAUCGUUGCCAGGCUUUUAUCUAAGAUCUUCAUUUCAAAGCCUCAUCCUGAAUUUGAUCUGGAAAAAAUGACCCAGAAGAUAGUAAACUCAAUAAAUGAUCAUUUUGACAAAGCAAAAAUUCACACAGUGUAUGAUGACAAAGAGCCAUCUCACCCAUCUGUAGAUACAGAUAUUGUAGAUAAAUUAGUCACAUCCGUUUACAGAAAUGUUUUAAAACAGCAUGAGCUAGAUCCUGAUAAUGUCAAGGGAUUAAAAGACAAUGAUAUUUUUGUGGACAAUAUUACCAACUUAAUUGUAGCUGCCAUUUCAGAUUAUCUCCUUCAUCCACUGUUAUCCGGGGAUUUGCCAGCUUCUCCCUAUUCUACUUCAAUGGCUGAGAAUAUUGCUCAGGACAUUCUUAGUAGCAUCUGUAAAUCUACCAAGCCAGGCCAGAAUUUAUCUCCAUAUAAUACCUUACUGCCAUACACAUUUUUAGAGGAUAUGAUCAGAGUACUAUUAUCUAGAAUUUUUCCUUCCACGUAUAGCAUGAUUCCAAACAAAGAAACUCCAAAAGAGAGAUCAGCAGUGAAUUUCAAUGAAGUUGCUUCAAAUCUAAUCAGUGACAUUAGGAUGAAAAUUUCCCAACAUGAAAUUCGAUUUUCAAAAGAUGAAGACGAAACUAGCUCGGUUUAUUCAGAGAGUGAUGUUCAGAAUCUCGUUGACUCGGUAUUCAAAAAUAUUUCCCAAAACUCUGGAUCUCCAGAUUCAAUUGGGAAAAACAUCACCAAUGGUAAUGAGGCUUUCACUGAUAAAAUAGCAGGUUUUAUUAUUAAAAGUAUCUGUCAACAACAUCUUCAGGCAUUUGUGGAUGGAGGAGUAUCACCGUCAUCAUCACGGACUUAUUCUGAUGAUGAGAGAAGGCAGUUAUUUUAUGCCAGCGUCUAUUCCUCAAGAUUUUUGGAAGAUGUGAUCUCUGGGGUUUUAAGCAAAGUAUUCCACAGGUUGUUAGGAAUUGUGCAAUCAAAAUCAGUAAGAGACUUAGAAAACGAACUAUUGGAAGCAGCUAACCAACUAAUACCUUUAAUAGUCAAGGAAUUCUCAAAUGCCCAAGUCAGCACCAUAGAAAAUGCUGAGGAUCUGUUGGCUUUGCCUCCAGUCGAAAAAGAUUUAGUGGUAAAAAUUGUCGACAGAGUGUACAGCAAAGUUUUGCAAGAAUAUGAAAUGGAACCCAGGCCCAGUAAAGAUUUUCUAACUGACACAAAGGCACUGGCUGCGAAGAUAACUAGAACUAUCCUGACUGAAAUCUUUGAUUUCCAGAUUCAUCCAGAUAUUGUAGCAAAACUGCCUUACAGUUCACAUUCCAAACUCAGUGCUGGUACUUUGAUAAACAGAGUUAAAUAUGAUCUUGGGAAAUCAAGACUCCGAAAACAAGCUUCAACAACAUACACUACUAUGUUAUCGCAUAAUCAUUUGAAACAAAUAGUCACUCAGCUUAUAUCUCAGAUAAGUUCAUUGGCCUCUAGUAUAGAUAAUUCAGAUACUAGUCAAUCAGACUUAAGUAACACAGUCAUGAGACUAAUAAAUGAAAUUAUAUCAAUAAUUUCAAAGCAUGCAAUAUGUAUCAUUAAACAUGGUGGUGAAAAACAAAGCAUGAUUUCUGAAAAGGAUAUCCAGUCUAUGAUUGAUUCCAUUUAUGGGGAUCUUUCCUAUUCAAAUCUAUACCAGUCUCUUACAAAAGAUAAAAAAGGCAUAAGUGACAUAUCUGCUUCAAAAAUAGCAAGUUUUAUAAUAAAAGAAAUAUUUAACCACCACCUCCAGUCAUUUGUAUCUGCUGACAAAACUCUCCUUUCAGCUGCAGGUGAUCAAACUUAUAAACAGAAAGCAAUAGAUUCCAAACAGAGAGAAUUGUCUUCCAUUGUGAACUCAGCUGUCUUUUUGGAAGAAGUAAUUUCUGAGCUUUUAUGCAAAGUCCUUUAUGCAUUCUCACAUGAUGCCUUAGCUGUUGAAAAUCCAGAUAAAGCAAAAGCCAAGACUAUUGGCAUUGUUACAGCAUUAGUAGAAUCGAUUGUUCUGGAGUUCACCACAUCAGAGAUUUUGCUUGUAGAUGAUGUGGAUGAAAAUCUCUGUUUAACAGAAGGAUACAAAGAAAUGGUUCAAAACAUGGUCAACGUGAUUUAUGAAAAAAUAUUAGAUGAAUAUAAGACUCUGAUUCAAGUACAUAAGGCGAUACAAAGUGAUACUAUGGGUUUUGGAAGGGAAAUAUAUCACUUCCUCUUGGGAGAAAUUUAUGAUUACCAGAUGCAGACCUUAGUUUCAGGAGACUUAGCAAAUUCUUCCUAUUCUUUCCCCAAAGCAGACAACAUCAUCAAAAAAGUGCUGAACACCCUCCUACAGGAUAACGAAACUGUGCCAUCCUUUAUUACUGUGCUGCCACAUUCCCUUCUACGAGACAUGAUCUACAAGCUUCUGAUGCAUAUGUUCCCAUUCACAGACCUCAAAAAUGAACUAAAAGACAAAGAGAUGGUGCCAUCAGAUGGUGAAUUUGUAGAUGCAGCUACCAAAUUGACCGAUGAAAUUAUACAGGAAAUUUUUGAACAUGAGAUCCGACUUGCCACAGCAGAGGAGAAUGUGGAAACUAUGCAAUUAGAAGUGAUUGAAAAUUUGGUUGACUCCAUAUGUAACAACAUUUUGAAGAAGUCCGAAUUCCAAACUGAAGUAAAGAAAGAUGCACAUAAAAUAGGAGGUUCGUUUCUCAGUAAUUUAGCUGGCUUGAUUAUGAAAGAAAUCGUGGAUCAUCAUUUGAGGCCAUUUUUAUCUGAUGAGGAAUCAUCUUCCAGUGACUUAUCUGAUUGUGGCCAUGGCUCUACACUUGCUGAAUCUGGGAAGGCAAAAUCACAACCGUCCCUAUAUUCAGCUACAUUUUUGGAAGAUGUAAUUGUUGACCUUGUACGUAAAUUUUAUUCUCUUCAAAGUGUUGCUGACGAUUCUAAAGAAAAAGAAAUGCCGAAGUCAAACAUUGUAAGGUUGGCCAUAAAAUUUGCCAAUUCUCUGAUAGAGGAAUUUAGUAAAUGUGAUAUCAAAGUUCUACCAAAUGCAGAAAAAAUCUUUUCUUUCCCACCAAUUGCUAGAGAGACCAUUGAUAAUAUAUCCAAUUUUGUGUAUGAUCAGUUCAUAGGAAAGUACGGAACUAGUGAUAUUCAUAAAGACGAUAAAAGCAACAUUUUUAUAGAAAGCAUUGCUUCUUUAGUUCAGAGGGCGAUCUCUGCCUUCAAGAUUCAGCCACUUUUUUCAGGGGAUUGGUUUUCUACCUUUUUUUCCUUUCUGAAUCCAGAUAAUAUCACCCAAAGAGUUCAACACCUACCACAAGAAACUCCCACACAGGCAUACAGAUGCUUAGAAGGGAACCAACUUACUUUACCAGAAGAGUCACACAAACACACCACUCCAGCCUUAGACGAGAAAAAUACAGAGGACACUAUGGAAAUCGAGAGAGAGGAAGUGUGCAGAGAGAAAAUUUCCAUCAAAGAGGAGAAAUCAAUGCAAAAAGCUGUCCUUGAUCCAACACUUAACUCUGUAAAUAGCAUUAUGAAAAGCAAUAUGGUGCCAGAUGUGGCAAAUCAAAUAAACAAGGAUAAAGGUAAAAUGGAAACUGCAAUUGAAGAAAACAUUGUGCCAAAAGUUACUUAUCCGUCUAGCAUUAGGGAAGGUGAGGACACUCAAGAGCCAGAUUUAAUGGUAACACCUGGUAAUAAUGAAACGAAGAACAAAAGCCCAGCACCUCCAAAGGAUGAAGAAGGUCACGGUGAUGAGAUACAGACACAUUUUUUAGCAGCCACUGAUGUCACACAAUCUGGUAAGAGUGCACCAAGAUCAGAUUUUGAAAUAGACAAUGAAGAGAAAAGUAUUAAAACGAGAGAAAGAUUCUCACUAAAUGAUGGUAGGCCUCUUAAAAUGCCUUCUUUCAUAUUCAAUGCAAAAACCAAGGAGAUCACAAUGGAGAACAUGCUUACCCAAAAACUAUGCAGUGUUGGGAUGAGAGACGUUGCCAUUCAAGUUGCUACAAAUGAUGAGCAAUACGUGGAUGCUGAAAGUGUUCAAAAUGUCACCGAAAAUAUUUAUGAAAAUGUUUUGGAACUAUAUUCUCAAGAACAAGAAAAUGAUCUGAAAUCCCAAAGUUCCCCAGGUGAUAAAGCAUUACAUAUAACUCAAGAGGUUGGUAAGGAUUCUGUACAGUCUGUUUCAACAAAAGCUUUAUCCUCCUCAAUUACUGAACAUGUCCCUGCCAAAGAAAUAGAGGAAGAGAGAGCUCACUUUAAAGAGAUUAAGAGUGAACCUGGUAAACAAGACGGUCUUCAGUACUCACCAGAAAAUAAACCUAGAAUUAUCCCGGCCAGUUUUUUAGAAGAUGUGAUCAUGGAAAUGAUUAACAAGCUGAUCUUUUCUUCCCCACAGGAAGCACAAACAUAUGAUCAUUUCCAAAAUGUGACUGAUGGUGAAAAUCCAGCUGAACUCUAUGACACAGCCAUGAAAUUGAUUGAUUCUCUCUUAAAGGAGUUUUCAGAUGCUCAAAUUAAAGUAUUUAGGCCAGAGAAGAAAAAGCAGGUUUGCCUACCCGCAGGUAAAGUCCCAUUAGAGCCUAAGGUACCUCCCAGGCAAAAGGAGGCAACUUCAGCUAAAGCAUCGUCUAGCAUCAUGAUGAUAACUGUGGAUCAGAUAGCACCUGGGCAUAAAAUGACUAAGAAAUCCUCUUCCAAUAAACUACCUUUUAUAGAUAAAAUGCCAGCACUUGAUAAAGCAUUGGUUAAUAAAGUUGUUCACUCUUCCAUAUGCAAUAUUUUGAAGGAAUAUCAGUCUCAAGAUUCCAUUUGUAAGAACAUAAACACUGAUAGAGAAUUUUUAGCAAGAAGACUAACUAGUGCUGUGAUAGAUGAAAUCUUUCAACAUCAGCUGAACUUGGUAUUUGGUGAUGAAGUUCCCGCGUCCGCGUGUUUGCCUCUGCAAUCUAAGGAUGUUGUCAAAAGGAUCAAAAAAGUGGCCCACACAGCCAACAAAGAAUGUCAAACAUCAUCACCCUAUACCAUAAUGUUGCCUCAUAAAUUUUUAGAGGAUGUAAUUUCUUCUCUUUUAUAUAAAAUUUUCCCCACAGACUCCAAUACCAAAACAGAAACAAUUGAGAACAAUUUUUUCACAGAAAUGGAUUUUCUUCAACUGAAAUUAGUUAGUACAGUCAUGGCAAAGAUUGCUAAAGAUGAAGAUAUGAUUAUACAAUAUGUAGAAUCUUUACAUCCUAACGAUAAUGAAAUUGCUCAAUUAGUAGUUCAAUCGAUUUAUAAUAAUCUCUUGCCACAGUUUGGAUCUCAAGAGAUUAUUCAAAACUGUGUAACCAGUGGUUGCAGAAUCCUUUCAGACGCCAUAGUUGACCUGGUGUUACGAGAAGUGGCUGGCAAUCAGUUGCAGAACUAUUUUUCUGGGGAGCUAACUCCAUGUCAGUGUGCAGAGAUUGACUAUGUAGUUGAAAAUAUCCUUAACACUGUUGUCCAAACUACUGAUGCCCCCCAAUCUCAACCAUCACAGGCUCAUAAACUGUCUUAUAGCAUCCUGGAAGACAUCGCGGUGAAAUUUUUAUCAAAGCUGUUUUCUAAGUUGCCAAGAGUGAACAAAGGAAGAACCAAAUCUCUAGAAACUGAAAUGCAAAACAUAAGCUCAAAAAUUUUAAAUUCAGUCCAAGAAUUUAUCUCCAAGAGUCAGAUUAAACUUACACGCCCAGCCAAGGAAUCACCCACUAUACCUUGUGCUGAUAAUGCAACUAUUGAAAAUGUAGUUAAUUCUGUGUAUACCAGUGUCUUAAACUUGUCUGGCUCAUAUCAUUCUGUAUUUAAAGACUUAAUGAGUAAGAGUAAUGUCCUUUCUGAUAUAAUAGGUUGUUUGAUGGUGAAAGAAAUCUCUAACUCAGAAUUUCAACCUCAAGUAGAGGAAGAGCUAUCAAACUCUGAAUUGGUUCUAGAAGCCGUCAGGAUUAUGGAAAAAGUGAUUGGAAUUAUUAAUGAAAUGAAGUCCCAUGAAAAACCCCUAUCCCAAAAGGGUGCUGUGCUAGAUGCUCUGUUUAUAGAGGAAGCUCUGGGCUUAUUCUUGGCUAAGCUAAUAGGGGUGCCCAGCGCAUCAAUAAAUGAGAAUACGAACAUAUCAAAGCCCGAGUUAAAUAAAAUCGCAUCUGAACUGACAAAGUUUGUCACAGCAGAAAUUUCAAAGAGUAACAUUAGCCUUGUAGCUGCAGACCCUAAAGAACACCCUUUAAAUCAACAAAGCACAGAGAUUGUUUCUCAAGUCGUUGACUCCGUUUACAGUAACGUGCUACAACAAUCUGGCUCUCAAGAAAACCUUUUUCACGAUAUAAGAGAUACAAACAAAGUCUUACCUCAAAAGGUCGCUAAUUUAAUUGUCAAUAACAUUUCCAAUUUUCCAGUAAAUACAAGUAGCUCAAAGUAUUUGAACGCUGAUCUCAUUAGAGAUUUGGACAUUGAUCGAAUUGUUCAAAAGGCACAAUCGCAUUCUCUUAUUGUUCCUGAGGUAGAGAAAGAAGGCUCACAGCAUUGUUCAGCUGAAGAAUUACCAGUUAAAAUAGUCCCACAUAUUAAGAAUAAACCAAUCAGUAUAGAUCCAGCCAUUAUUUCUGAACAUUUAGCAGUCCUUUCUGUAAAAACUCAACCUCUUGAGAAGAUUAAGCUGGACUGUUUGAAAACAACUGGGCAUACCAUAGCAGAACUGAGAAGAGCGUCGUUAAGUGGGAAAAGCUACUCCUCAACACGCUUAACAGAGAGAGAAAAGGCAAAGAAAGAAAGACGCCCCUCACUGAAUAAAACAGGACGACUGGAUGUAAAGCCCUUUGAGGCUGUUGGCCGAAAUUCAUUUCAGAAUAUAAGAAAGCCUGAUCUCGCCAGGGUGGAGCUUCUAAAAGAUGUUCAAAACAAACAAGAUCUUAUCAUUCGGUUAGUAGCUCAUGAUAUCGAGCAAGACUAUCCAGAGAGAAUGAAAGAAGAGAGUGUCCUUAGUUAUGAAGAUGAAGUUGUUCUACGAGAGGUUGUACAGGAAGGAUUCUUGGAAGAAGAAGAGCAGCCAGGGACAGGAGCUGCGAAGCCAGUCGCAAGCAAAGCCGUUUCUACCAAACCCACAGCAAGCACCAGCAGCCUGAAAAAGUUUCUGUCUCUCAGCAAAUGCUGUCAGCCGACCUCCAGUAGCAACAUGGACAGUAUCGAAACCACCUCUGAUCACCUGUCAGAAUGCCAGGAAGAACAGGUCCGAAAAGCUGUCGCCAAGCUUGAUAUGUCCACCUUCUCGGUCCUUGCAACUGAAAGAAAGGCACCUUCGAGGGAGAAGCCGCCACAGCAUAGUAAAGAAGAAAACAGGCCUAUAAAUGAACCGACACAUUAUUUCAUACACCGAAUUAUGAGUUCAUCUUCAUACAACCAAGAAGAUAUGAUGACCUCUGCAGGGGAGACUGAAGGGGAUAUCAAAGAUCCAAGUGCUAAAAUAUUAGAAGAAAGUUCUCAGGAACCAGCACUGGAAUCUACAAGCAACGUUAAGUUUUUCACCAUCUAUGAAGGACGCCAAAGUGUUGUUCCCAGUGAGAGUCCCUCAAAAAUUUUCACUUCAGAAGAUCAUAAGUCCAUUGUUUCCAAGCAAGGAUCUAAAGCGCUGGCGAAGGUCUCUUCAGUCCUGUCAAAGGUGUUUGCACGGACCAGCACCAACAUUUCCAAACCCUCCUCGUCACCUCCGCAGAACGAGCCCUAGAGCUACCCUCCCUGUAUCUAUAGCUGCGGCAUAACU